CAUGAUUUCAAAAGUUGGAAAGUCAUUUGCUUCAAUUCCUGGUCCAAAAGGAUUACCUUUCUUUGGAAAUUUACUCAAUUAUACAAUAUUCGGUAAUUAUACUAUUGAUAGAUUAGCCGAUGCUUAUGUUCAUUAUAGAAGAAAAUAUGGUGAUAUAUUCAAAGAGGAUCUCGGUAGUGUUACGUUUGUUCAUGUUGCAAAUCCUCAGGAAAUUGUUAAAGUCAUGCAAAACGAAUCUAAAUAUCCCAUUAGAACUCUCCUACCUAUCUUUGAGGCUCUAAAUAAAUACAACAACUACGAACUAGGUCUUAUGGGUAACGGUGAGAACUGGUGGAAGUCAAGACAGCCUAUUCAAAAGAUAAUGGCACAUCCUACUGCAGCAUCGGCUUAUCUAGAAACUCAGAUAGCGGUUUCAAAUGAUUUUGUUGAUUAUAUUAAAAGUAAAUCUGACGAAAACGGACUUCUUCCCGAUUCGUUAGAGGAUAUCACUAAUUAUGCUAUGGAAUCAAUUGGAACCGUUGCUUUUGGUAUUCGUUUGGGAGCUUUACGAAUGUAUCCAAAUCCAGAAAACAAAGAGUUUGUUAUACUUAUGAAAAGGUAUUUUGAUAUGAUUGCCAAGUCAUGUUUUACGAUACCACUGUUUCUACACUUUCAAACACCAUUCUACAAAGAAUUUUUAGCUAUUAAAGAGAGAAUUGAUGAAAUAUGCAAAGGUUUCCUAGAAAACGGUAGGAGAGAGGAAUAUAACAAAGACUUGAACAUAAUUGCUUCCCUUUCGAAUAUCAGUUGGACAGAGAGGCAGAAAAUCGAUUUGGCAAUUACUCUAUUACAAGCGGGAGUUGAAUCUACCGCAAAUUCUUUAUGUUUCUUGUUAUAUAAUCUAUCGCAAAAUCAACAAGUUCAAGAAAAAUUACACAAAGAAAUUGAUACGGUUAUCGGUAAAAAUGAGUUAAAGUUUGACGAUAUUAAUAAAUUAAACUAUUUAAAGGCCUGCUUAAAAGAGAGUUUUCGUAUUUAUUUUCCGACAAUUGCGGGAACAAAUAGAAUCAUUGGAAAAACCAUGAAAAUUGGCGAUUACGAAAUACCAUCCGGAACUCGUUUAGUAAUUAAUUGCGAAGCAAUUGCAAAAUCUAAAACAUACUUUGAAAAUGCUAUGGAAUAUAAACCUGAAAGAUGGUUGACUUCAUCUGGGGAAAGACGAAAAAUACCAACAGGAUGUCUCCUACCAUUCGGCUACGGUAGGAGAAUGUGUAUUGGUAGAAGAUUUGCCGAACAAGAGAUAUAUUUGGCUGUUAUAAAAUUACUACAAAAUUUUAGAAUAGAAGAGAAUGGAAUAGAAAAAUUAGGAACAAAAACAUCUGUAUUUAAGAAGCCAGAUCGAAAAGUUAAUUUUAGGUUUAUUGUACGAAAUCCUGUAACCUAA